AUGAAGACAAGCGUGCUGAUAUCGUUUAUAGUCUGUUGUACGCUUUCGCAAGCUCUUCUGAACAAGCCAUUGUUAUGGAAGUUGAACUCUAAGGUGAUCGAUGCCAAUCCGGUUAAACUAGUUGCUCGUCAAAACAAUCCGUUUGCAGCGCUUAUCCAGGGAAUUAACAACUUCUUUAGCGGACUGGGGUUCGGUGGUAGCAGUAGUAGCUCUUCUAGUAGCAGCAAUGGUUCAAGCACAACGUCGGGAUCGGACUACUCGACAGUACCAGCUGGUAACCCCGCAUCGCUCGGUGUAGAUAGUGUCAAGCAAUAUUCUGGGUAUAUUAAUGUUGGACCUAGCAAUGAAGACCAUAUGUUUUACUGGUUUUUCGAAUCGCGAAACAAACCUCAAACAGAUCCCGUGGUGCUAUGGUUAACAGGUGGGCCAGGUUGCUCGUCAUUGGAAGCAUUGUUCUUCGAAAAUGGACCUUGUAAGUUGACAAAUGUUUAA